GGUUUAAAGCCAAGCUGGGCAGAACAAGUAGAAGCUGAAACUGAACUUCCGGAAGAGGAGGAAAUAAUCAAGGAUGGUAUCCGGACCGUGAAGCACUACAAGUUUGGCGAGAAUGGCCAGAAGGUGCGACUUCUCAUGCAGUAUAAGAUCGAGAGGAAGAAAGUGCCUAAAGCGGUCGCUUUGCGCAAGAAAUGGCAUAAAUUCGGUGAAGCUGCCGUGUUGGCAGGUGAAGAAUCAUCACAGUCGACCACGAACCUCGGUGAAGAGGUGAAAAUGCAGUUCGUCCGCACGCGGACCGGUGAACCGACAGAGUUGAACAGGGAGGAGACAGAUGCUGCGAAGCUGAAGGUUCAGCCACAGAUCAGGGUCUGUCGCUACUGCAAAAGUCCCGAUCACUGGACACCGCAGUGUCCAUACAAGGAUUUCAUCGAGGGCGAGAGAGCGGCAGCCGAAGGCACCGUCCCGAAGGACGCUCGUCAGAAGGAACUUGAGGAAAAGAUGAAAAGCGGUACUUAUGUGCCUCCGUCAUUGCGCAUGGGAGGUGCUGCCCGAAUGUCGACCGAUCUGAACCAGCGUCGCGACGAUACUACCGUUCGCGUUACCAAUUUGCCUGAAGAUACGACCGAUCUAGUGUUGAAAGACAUUUUCAGCAAGUCUGGAAAAGUAUACCGAAUAUAUUUGGCGAAAGACAAGAUUACGAAUAAAUGCAAGUGCUGCUUCCUGGUGGCCAUGGGUUUUUUGACCAUUAUUCGAAAAAUGAAGCAGAAGGAAAAUGAAAUGCGUAUUGUCGUUCUGGGCUUGGACAACGCGGGCAAAACGACUAUUCUGAAAAAGUUGAAUGGAGAAGACACGGACUCUGUGUCACCGACUUUAGGAUUCAAUAUUGAAACGGUGGAACUUAUGGGCUGGAGUCUGAAUAUCUGGGACGUUGGUGGCCAAAAAUCUCUUCGCAGUUAUUGGCGCAAUUAUUUUGAAGAAACUGAUGGCUUAAUUUGGGUAGUAGACUCUUCAGACCGACUACGUAUGCCAGAUUGUAAAAAGGAACUGAAAAAGUUAUUGUAUGAGGAACGACUCUUGGGCGCGACGUUGUUGGUCAUGGCCAACAAACAGGACUUGCUUGGAGCACUAACUGCCGAUGAAAUCAGAACAGAGCUCGACCUUGACUCGAUAACAUCUUCACAUCAUUGGAACAUUGUUUCUUGCUCAGCCGUUACUGGUCAGAAUUUAGUGGAGGCCAUGGAGUGGCUAGUGAAAGACAUAACGUCGCGCGUUUACAUUCUUGAAUAA